UCAGCUGAUCUGCAGUGCCUCGAACUGCCCCCGCCUGUUGAUGUGCCCCAGCUCCUGCCACUGGAACUGGCAGUCGCUAUCGCCGAGGUGGGUGUUGAAGCCCUUGACCACCCCCUCCACACCGUGCUGGGCCGCCACGUCCAGCCGGGCCUUGUGGAUCACCUCACGCACACCCAGCCGCCGAUGCCGCCCGCCCCCCUGCUGCCCCCCAUUGACGGCAAAGCACUGCAGGGGCGGGACCGUCACUUUGGUCCGCUUCGCCCCUCCGUCCUGCUGCACGUGCCGGCUCCCCCCGACCACCUCCCGGUUGCUGGUCGUCCGUGUGGCCGCCCGCGUCACGAAAUGCGCCACGGCCGCACUCACACGGCGCCUCAGCAGCGACUCGCCCAUCAGGUACCCAUCGAUGGUCGCCAUGGCGGUGUGUGGCUGGUGCAGGAAGGAGCCGAUCUUCCAGCCGACGGCCUCUGCCUCCUGGGGGCCGAAUGAGAGGCUGGAGGGCGAUGGGUGGGUGGGGUGGCCGUCGUGGUGGGGCGCCAGGGGCAGCAGACGGGCGAGCAGCAUCGAGUGGUCGCGUUGGGGGGCGAGGGCGGCGUUGAUUGCCGCCAUGGCCACAUCGCCCAGCUCGUUGAGUACCGUCCUGUACUCGGGCAGCACCAGCUGCCGAAUUCGGCGUUCCCGCUCUGUGGCCGUGGGCAGCCGGGCGAUGCCCGCCCCCGCCUGCAGCAGCACACGGAUGGUGCUCUUGAGAUGGGGAAUCUCGCUGGUGGCUUCGUCCUUGUCUGCCGCCUCCGCAGUGUCGUCGUCCAGCAGCUGAGUGUCCUCAUCGAGCGGGCAGGCAGCAGACCAGAGGGGCGUGCGGUUGGAGUCAUUGGGGGUCCCUCUGUUGAUGUCGGCAGCCGUGAGGCGGCGGCACAGGGAGGCAGCCACACGGUGGGACCCCCACAUUGCCGCGUAGUGCAAUGGCGUCAAGCCAUCGUUGUCGUCCACUGCCGUCAUGUCCGCCCCAUUGGCCACCAACAGGUCGAUGUAGCUGUCGAUGAAAGACUGGGACCAUACGGGAGGGGUGGUGGCCACCCAAUGCGCCGCCUUGCCGCCAUCACCUCUAUCAGUCUCGGUUGCGAGGGUGGGGUCGCGAUCGAGGAGCUGCUGGUAGAAGGACAGCAGGGUGGCCUCGUUGUCCCUGGUGGGCCGGUCCGUCGGCAAUAGGCAUGGCACCCGCAU